AUGAAUUCGUUAUCCAUGGAAGUAGCGAAAGAAAUGGUUUCGAAGAGAAUUAUUGAAUUGGUGGAUUUUCCUAAAGAUAUUGUUGGAGAAGAUCAACGCAUGAUGAAUUGGUCGGAUAGACUUCUAGAAGCUAAAAGGCUCCACCUUGAAUUUUAUCGAACUUUCAAUACUAGUCCUCUUCUCCCUUUAUAUUCUAUUAAUUCUCCACCACCUCAGAACAAUCUUCACCAUGUUGAUGAUUCUGUUUCAACACUACCACCCAUGGUUCCUCCUUCUCAUACGAAACCAGAAAUCCAUACAGACAAGUUGGAUAAAGUUGAGGAAUGCAAUAUGGGCUCUUCAACGGCUCAGCAGAAUCAGAUCAAUAAAACAGUAUUAAUCGGCAGCAAUAUUCAUGUUCCUAUUAUUAUUAUUGAUGACGACGAAGAUGAUGCAAACAUGAGAGGAGGAGUGGUAGAACAGAGGACGACGAUGAAUAUGACAGAAUUCGAGAAUAAUGCAAAGAUGAGUGUAGUGGUAGAAAUCGAGGAAGAUGAUUUGGCAGGUGCUGAUGAUGAUGAUCCAAUCUACUUCAUGGAUAUAGAAGAAUAUAAUAAUAAUGAUUCGAGUCUAGGAGGAGGAGGCAGCCUGAUUGUAGAGGAACAUGAAACACCAUCAUCCAAGGAUAGCUGCUGCUUAGAGGAAGACCAUCAUGAAAUAAUACUAACAAAAAAAAGGAAACAAGAGACUAUGAAUGAAAGCAGCAAAAGAUACAACUUGAGGGAGAGGUGUUGUAAUUGUGCAACUAGAUCAAGUCCAUUAUGGAGAAAAGGUCCGAUGGGCAAAAACACCCUUUGCAAUGCUUGCGGGAUUCGAUACAAAAAAUAUGGACUUCUCAAUCCCAGAUAG